AUAAUUACAUAACAAACACAAGCGACUUGCUGGCUGGCAUGAAAAGACAAGAUAUAACAACUUUAAAUAAGUUACCUUUAUAAUGUCGCUUUUGCGUUUAUGACUAUCUAUAUGUUUAUGAUACUUUCUUCAAGACAUAUCUUGUUAGCUACAGCUGCUAGAUCAAUUUAUACUUUUCUUUUUUGCUAGCUAACGUCAAGUUAUGCCUCAAGACAUUCAAGGGGGAGAAGAACAGCUCCCGUUGGUAAGGUCUCUGAAAAGCGGAAUACCGUCGAUUGCAGUGUUUUGUAACCGGAGUCCUCGAAUCAUGCGACCAGUAUGGAUUAAUUUUCGCGGGGAACCUCAACUCUACGAUAUUUUACAGCCAGGAAAAGGAAUGAAAAUGAACACCUUCGUAGGUCAUCCUUGGAUGUUCAGAGAUGCAGAGACAGAUGAUGCGCUGAAGGCGAAUAGUAAAGAGAUGUUCCUGCCCAAACCAAUGGAGAAUGGACAGGCUGUCCAGGUUAACGUCACAUUACCAGUCCUCAGCUUGAAGGAGCGUGCCCUCCAGGUAGUGCGGCGCCUGGUCCGUCCAGAGGACUACAGGAGGCUGGAGAUUGCUCGGUGUCUCCAUGAGGAGCUGGAGGACCGUCCCAGCGUGCUGAAGGACCUGAUGCGCAUCGCCCAGCGCGUGGAACAGCGCCUCCUAGAAGACAGGCAGCAACCCCAGGAUGCAUGAGGAGCAACUUAGAGUAGGAGUGCUUAUAUAGAUAUCGCUAUAUGGCUCUGAUGCUGCUGUUGAUGUUUCUGAAUCUUAUCAAAAUAAUAAGAUGACAGAAUGUAAGAUUGUUUGAUUGGACACUGGGAGGUCAGGGUUGAAUUCACUGCUAUAAGCAACUACCGAGGGUCUUAUCCAUUUUUUGUUGUUGUUGCAAUUGUUUAAAAUGGUCUUCGUAGCUUAGGGAAAAAAUGUGUCAACCAAUUCAGUGGUCUGACUUUAGAGAAGGGAUCAUCAACCUGAUUCAGCUGCUGGCUGUUUUUGUUGUUGUUGCGGAUUGUCAGGUGGUUGGAACAUAAUUACAAUUAAUUUGUAGACUGCAAAAUCACUGCAAGAAGCCCAAACAUAUAUUUGAUUUGACGAAAGCAUAAUAAUUCCAAACCUUACUUACAUUUGUGCACGGUCACAUAGCUCUCUUUUUUGCCACAUGGAAAUACUUUGGAACAGAUUUCUGAAAGUUCAAUCACUUAGAGCUGAUUUUAUGUUUAUUUUUUUAUG